CAUUUCCCCUGCUUUUCCCCCAUUGGCAAUUCCCCCACUUUAUGCUUUUCUUCAACCCCCUCCUGCUCCUCCCUUGGCACCUCCCUAGGCCCGCCCACAGUCUCCCACCCAGUUUCGGGCUGCGUCAUAAGUAUCCCCAGACGGGCUUGCAGCAGCUUUACGCAGACUGGGGAGAAAGUAGGUACUGUCUGGCGUAGCGCGAUCUCCCCCUCCUCUUCCAACCUGCAGCCCAGGACGUUGAUUCGAGCCGCGCCUUACCGCGCAGCCCGAAGAUUCACCAUGGUGAAAAUUGCCUUCAAUACCCCUACCGCCGUGCAGAAGGAGGAGGCGCGGCAAGACGUAGAGGCCCUUGUGAGCCACACAGUCCGAGCUCAAAUCCUGACCGGCAAGGAGCUCCGAGUUGCCACCCAGGAAAAGGAGGGCUCCUCUGGGAGAUGCAUGCUUACUCUCUUAGGCCUUUCAUUCAUCUUGGCAGGACUAAUUGUUGGUGGAGCCUGCAUUUACAAGUACUUCAUGCCGAAGAGCACUAUCUAUCGUGGAGAGAUGUGCUUCUUUGAUUCUGAGGAUCCUACAAACUCCCUUCGUGGAGGAGAGCCUUACUUUCUGCCUGUGACUGAGGAGGCUGACAUUCGUGAGGAUGACAACAUCGCAAUCAUUGAUGUGCCUGUACCCAGCUUUUCUGAUAGCGACCCUGCAGCAAUUAUUCAUGACUUUGAAAAGGGAAUGACUGCUUAUCUGGACUUGCUGCUGGGAAACUGCUAUCUGAUGCCCCUCAAUACUUCCAUUGUUAUGCCUCCAAAGAAUCUGGUGGAGCUCUUUGGCAAACUGGCAAGUGGCAAAUACCUGCCUCGCACUUAUGUAGUUCGUGAAGACCUGGUUGCUGUGGAAGAAAUCCGUGAUGUUAGUAACCUUGGCAUCUUUAUUUACCAACUUUGCAACAACAGAAGGUCAUUCCGCCUUCGUCGCAGAGACCUCUUGCUGGGUUUCAAUAAACGUGCCAUUGAUAAAUGUUGGAAGAUUAGACACUUCCCCAAUGAAUUUAUUGUUGAAACUAAGAUCUGUCAAGAGUGAACACCAACAGAUAAAGAGUAUUCAUGGUAAUAAAAAGUCAUAGAUUUACAAUGUGUCUUCAACAUUAAAGCUUAUGAAAUACUCAAGAUAUUUACUCAUGCAUUUGCUCUAUUGCUAAUACUU